CUCACACAAAAAAAAAGUAUACAAAGAUUAUUUAAUUCGGAAGGUUCCAUUUUCUUAUGUUCUGUUGCAGUGGAAAUGAAGCCGAAGAAGCCCACAAUUUUCACUGCAAAAAAACAUCCGAGAAAGCGGGAAGAAAAAGGUUUGUCAAAAAUUUUAAAAAAUGUCCCCUCCAUGACAAAACGAUCCAAAAUUCAUACAUUCAUUCAAAUGACGACGGUAAAGGCUACGUUGAGGAUAAAUAUUUGCGGCAUUCCUUCACUAGUCCAGAAUUGUUGAAACACGUCAAGGAGGGAAACCAAUGCAAAUGCCCUAAAAAAUCCGCUCUAUUCUCCAUUUUAAAUAGUUCGAAAUCGACCCACGGAUUUUUAUUCGUCUCAUCGCAUAGAACCGACUCAUCUAAAAACAACGUCACGACAAACCAGAGCCGCAAUAAUAUUAAGCAUCAUAUUAUUAAGGAUCAUUUCAAUGGAUUAGCUGGAACGUCAGAAUCUCUAGACAUUCUUCCCACGAAUCCCCUUGGCCGCGAAAUUUCUGCAGUCAAUUCCAUAGGCGCUUUAAAUCAUAACCAUAAAAAUAACUGUAAUAUCCAAAAUGGCUCAAACGGCGAUAAUCUUUAUCCGCUAAUACAAUUCUCUUCGUUUAAUCCUAUUUGCCAAAAUGCUUCUCGCGAAGCCAAAAUAAACGAAAGUAAUUUUUCCUUCGAUAUGGAACCCAGAUCAACGGUUGGUAUUGAGAAAUCCUUUCUUCCCGUGAAUUCAAAAUCGAGUGUUCCUAGAAUGAUCACUAUUUCAUCUUCGUCUUCCAUCUAUUCCACUCCCAGGAUGAACGAUUCAUUCGCUAAGUCUGAUGGACUGAGACCCAACAAUAUUCCUAGCAUAGCCUUGCCUUCUUCCAUAUCGAAUCAAAUAUUCCGACAGAUCCAAAGGGCUGACGAUGAUAUGAGCGUGAAAAAUUUGAUAGAUAAAGUCGAUCAAACCGGUGAAAUGAGUAUUCGAAGAGUAGAUAUCUUAAAGUCAUUUAAUCAAGCCACACAAAACCCGACUAGGCUCCUCUCGGAAAAUAAAACCACCAAUGAAAGCGUGUAUUCUCCAACUUUAUCUAACAUAAAAAAUGAAAAUUUUAAACCUGAGCCUACGCGCUGUUCUUUCACCAAUCCUACCUCUUGCCUCACAUCCAAACAGAAUCCCAGGAUAAAUCGCGAUACUCACGCCAAGGAUAAUAACCCAUUGCCAGCGGAAAAAAAACUAUCCCUUUCCCAUAUUUUGUUCAAGAAAAAGAGAAGUUCGAGCUCUUCCGUAAAGACACCUAGCAUUGAUAUAACACCAGUAGCAUCGAACUCCGAAUCUUCAGGCAGGAUUGAUUCAUUUAAGGGUAUCGAAAGUUGCGACAGCGAUUUCGCAAACUCGUUAAAAGAUACCCUAUCCCAAUCGGGCUCCAUUAAAACUAAUUCCAACAUAUCGCCUUUAUUGGCAUCUCAACCCGAUCAAAAUAGCCUGGUUUCCGAUAAAUCUUCGUUAAAAAAUUUUAUUCAAAUCAUAGAGAUUAUUAAGAGACCUGGGCAAACGUUGGGAUUGUACAUUAGAGAAGGCAAAGGUACGCGUAGACUAGAUGGCGUUUUUAUAUCGCGUAUGGCCCAGGGCUCGAGUAUAGAGCGAAGCGGACUUUUGAAAGUAGGAGAUGAGAUAUUAAAAGUGAACGGUGUCGACGUCACAAAAAUGAGUCUAGACGAUGUCGUGGUUAUAAUGUCCAUCCCCAGGCGCCUUUUGCUCGAGCUUAAGACGGUUGACUUCCCGGAAUCAGAAUCUGAUACUAAAUCGUUCAAUUAUAACGACAGUAAUGAAACCUGUCAGAAGUUAUACGAUUCGGCGGUUUCGAUAAAACUGACUUCUAAAUUUUCUAAAUCGUCACAUCUUCCGGACGGGAGAUGCGUCUCGCCGAAUGUGGGAACCGCCUCUUACUUAUACGACGAACACGAUAAUUUUAAGCUUUCCGACCAAAGUGUCAGACAACAAAUGCAGCAAUAUUAUCAACCACUGCCUAUGUCGGCACCUGAGCCCCUAAGAGAAUUAAACGCGGCUUCCGAAUCCAGACCCUAUUCAAACCCUCCAAGCGAUUAUGGAGGAGGGAAGAAAAUAGGCACAAUCAUUCAAACUAAAUUGACAACGGCUCAAACAGCUAGCGUGCAUUUUCCUCCCAGACAGAGUUCCAGACAAUUUGAACAAUUUAAAAGGGUGGCUACUUAUGAAUCCCUUAAAGAGCCUUCUUCCUCCAACAUUAUAUACGAUUCUAAACAUCCUACUUCUACAAUGACCUCACCAUCUUCAAACAUGAAAAAUGAGUAUAGCAACGAUUAUCUGUAUUACAACUCUCAGCCACUUCCCAAACAAAUUAAGAAUGUAACUACUACAACAAUUGAAGGUAGUGAUUAUAAAAAGAGUAAGAAUAAGAAAGAAAUGGGUACCUAUACAUCGAGUCUUGACUUAAAUUACACUAGACCUCACGAAAGGGAUAUGGGUAGAUCUUCUCCUCAAAGGAACGACAGAUUCAAAGAAAAUAGCGAUGGUUUUAUAGUGAAAAACAAGCAAAAGGAUGAUAGCAAACCUUAUAUGUAUCUCGUAAGUGAAAAGGUUCCGGACGCCAGGAGGGGUAGGUACAUCAAUUACAACAUACCGUAUAAUACAAUUUCUUCCAACCAUUAUUUACGUGUAAAUCGUCGCAAGGAACAAAUGGGUCCUUCCCCAGUGGCUAAAAAUGAUGGAUAUUACUACUAUUAUACUGACGAGGAGCCCGCUAACAGCUCGCGUAAUAUUGAUGAUGGUUAUCGACGACAAAUUAACAUUGCUGGUAUAGAACCCCGUAUGAAGUCGAUGAUUAUAGACGAUUCCGCUCAGAAUACUUACUCUUUAGACAGAGCAAAGAAAUAUGGAAGGCCUAGAAAUGUUGUCAAAGACGAUUUGGAUGCGUCCCCGGGAAAUCAGAGCGAUAGUAACACGAAAUACUCUUUCGAGGAUAGUGAUAAAAAGCAAUCAUAUGCGAAAACUACCAACCUAGAGAAAAUAAACGAAGAGUACAAUUCCUCUAAUAGAAAUUAUAACACUUUGCCUGGCUUUAGUUACCUCGGUGGCUCUAAAAUCGAUUCCUCUUACCGAGCUAAUAUAAAUGACGGCAAUUGGCUGGCCAAGGAUCAAACUCAGAAAUUGGCUCAAUACGGAACAGUUUACCGACCUUUGGGUCAUUACGCUAAGAAUGGAACUAAAAAUAGAAAUUGUAUGGACUCCUGCACCCAAACAGACUUAUACUCUCAGCAACAAUAUGCAAAGGUAGAUCCCGGUUUCAUCAAUAAAACCCCUUUUUACCACGAAGCCGGUUAUUUCUCUGAUGGAUUGGCUGAAAACCGACUGAUGAUGAUGGUGAAAAAGAGAUUACCACAUCAAUACAAUAACAAUAGAUAUGUCGACACCAAAAAUCAAUAUUAUGCCGAUGAACCAACCAAGAAUUAUGGGCAACAUCAAACAGAAGGUUAUUACAUAACAUCCGACAAUGAAUCCAGGGUACCUAAAAUAGCGUCCAUGUAUCCUUAUAAAAAUUAUGCCAUUCUAUUAAAAGAUGGUGGCAUACGCGAUAACGACGAAGAAAACUUGAUACCCGGUUGUUUAAUCGAAUCAAGGGAUUCCCUUCAUCAUGGUCACCAACUGCCACCAUCGCAUCACAUAAUUUCGCAUGCACCCGUGAUAGAUGACAAUGGUAGGGAGAAAAUUGUGUUACGAAAAGUAUCGUGUCCUCACCCUUCCUACUUACCCCUUGCUACAGAAGGACCGGGAGAAACAAAGGGGUUCUUAUACUAUUCCCCUACCAAGAAAAGGAUAUUAAGGGCGGCCACCCUCGAUACGAACCCUCAUCAUUACAAGGAUUACAUUAACGAUAAUUACAAUAACUAUGUGGAAUAUUAUUCUGAAAGGUUUAACCACCCGACAACCAACACUAACGUUGGCAAUGCGUAUGACCAGUUAUCCUCAAAAGGUACCAUGUCAAAUUACGAUAUAAAGGAUGGGAUGGAUGACAACCGGAACGAACAAGAUGCAAAUUCCAGACUCAAACAUAAAUUUGCGGUAGGUGAAGCCAACAGCGAUAUUUUACCUCUUAAAAAACGGGUAGAUUCCUAUUUCUUGUACCACAAUGACGUGGGGAAAAAUGGAUAUGAAAGUGAAACCGGUUUAACGCGCGAUAAAAACAACUUAUUAUUUAAAAGCACGGUCAAACAAAGGGAACCUAAUAUUUAUGGAAAAGGUUCUAACUACCUUCUUUAUAACGAAUCUGAUAAAAGAAAUACUGCCUUUAAACAAUCAGGGAGUGAUAUGGUGGAAAAGUACUCCGAUGGAAAAGAUCAUGGGUACUCAAAAUCUUAUAGCAUUGAUUACGAAAAUGAAAUAAGUAUGCCAGACAUGUAUCAAGAAAGCAAAAAAGAUCUAAAAUCGUCUUUAAAGUCAACCGAAUUUAUCACAACUACCUCAAACGUAAGAAGAGUCCACUACUUUGACCAUGGCGGAAAUCAAUUGCAGGAUUUUUCCUUUUCGUCCCUUAAACAUGAUCCUACCCGAUAUUCAAACGUUAAGCGAAAUUCUUAUGCCUAUACCCUUCAAGAUGAAAUCAACACGCCUUCCAUAAAUUUCGAAGAUCUGGACCUGACCAAUUACAAAUAUUGGGAUUGGAAAUCCUGCAUCUUUGAGCCGUCGGCCAAAGGUUCCGCGACUCCUCAAACGUCAUCGCUUACAGGGCUACUUAACAUCUAUAUAUGCGCCUGCGAAAAUUUGGGUCUACCUACUCAAAUUAAUCAUUCCCAUAAUUCAACCUCCGAUAAAAAUAGUCUACACAAAAAGACAUCUUCAACAUCGUUUUCCGAUAGUGAAACGUUAUUACAAGAUUAUGAAAAUGUGAGAACGGAUAGCUUUAAAAUGAAAGCAGCAAAGAUUGAUAAUAACGAUGAGAAGAAAGCUGAAGAUAUUUCUUAUGAUUGUGAUAUAGAUAGUUGUAUGUACAUGAUACUGGAAGUGGAUAAGUGCAUCAAAGCGAGAACCUGCGCCAAACCUCUGAUAGUUUACAAAGUAAAUGAUGAUGCGGUUAAAACUCAGAAAGACAAGAAACCUAGUUUUAAUGGUGUCAUAAAUUUGUCCACCGACGAUACGGAUCAAAAGAUUUUUGGAUCUAGACCUAUAGUUUGGGACGAAUCGUUCGAAAUCGAUCUUUUGAAAGGCAGAAAAAUUGACAUAUUCCUCUAUCACUGGGCCCAAAACUUACAAUUAAAUAAAACGAAUGUUAAAAUAAAAGGCAGAGAAGAGAAAAUCACCGAAAAUGAUACCCCAUUAGAUGUUCCCAAGUUAUCCUACCGCGCGGUUCUCAAUUUAUCCGCGCUGUACUCUAAUUUAUGGAGCGUCGAUAAAAAUUCAUCCAAUAUUACAAAACAACAACCUUAUAACAACAACAAUGCCGUCAAGCGUCUAAAAAUAUAUCUUCAACCCAGGGGCGCCUUAUACAUUAUUCUCGAAUACUCGGACCCUUUGAGCAUCUUUAAACGCACCCUUAAAACUCAAAAUAUAUUCGGGGUGGAGCUACCCAGACUCGUGGAAAAUAAGAAAUUGCGCUCAAACACGGGUUCGGACACAAAUAUAAUCGAUCUAUUUUGUAUAAUUUUGCCGGAGAUAGAAAGAAGGGGUGGUUUGGAUAGCGUGGCCAUUUAUAACUUGUGCAGUUGCUUGCGUGAGAAGCUAUUGGUUAAAGGGAUCAUUGAAAAAAAUCUAAUUUCUACAAAUUUUUCGGCGAAAGGAAUACCCGACAUAAAUAUACUGACAGAUAUCGUAAAAGAUUUUUUGAGAGAGCUUCCAGAACCAUUGAUAACCAAUAGUCUGUAUCAAAUGCUAGUAGACGCUUUUUCGGUUUUCAAUCCUACUGACCCUACUGGCAAUGAAUCCCUACUGCUAAGCGUCGUUGAAUGCUUACCCAAGAUCAAUAAAGACAACAUAGAUUUCCUAUUACGGCACCUGAAAAAAGUUUUAUGUCAAUCGCGGCACAACAAGAUGAAUUUGGACGAAAUUAGUGCUGUAUUUGGUCCGAUAUUGUUAAUUCCAUCUAGUAAAAUAUCUGAUCCAGAUCCUGACACAGCAUUCGCUAUAUUUAAGUAUCUCUUUCAAAUUUGGAAGUUUUGAUGGAGCUCUAUAUUGAGAAUGUUUAUCAAGAUGUGAACAGAUUAUUUUUUACAAAAAGGACCGAUUUCUUCAAAAAUAAUGCAAAUAUUUCUCGGUGCAUAAAUUUCGAUCUGAACACACUGCAUUUAUCUUCCCCGCAAAAGCCCGAGUGCGACAAUCUAACAAUGGUGAAUGAAAUUAAUAUAACUACUGACUUAAAACCUUCAAAUUGAUGAAAAUAUUAUACAAUAUAAUAAAUUUAGG